GCGCCUUUCGCGUAUGACGAAGCGAGUCCGGUUGACGGACGUUGCUCUCGCCCAGUGACGACUCGGCGACGGUUGAGUGGGCGGCGAAUAGGAGAGGGGGAAAAGGAGAAGCCGCUGCCCAGUGGCGGCAGUUGAGGUGCGGCGGCGGGCAGGGAGGUGGAUUGCGGGUGGACGGUUGGCGUUCCGAGGUAGUAAACUCGUCCCGCCCGGUGGAGUGGGCCAGGGAAGCCUGGGCCACCAUGGCCAAGCUGCACGGCCUGCAAGCCGACUAUGUUUUCCGUGGCGUCGAGCAUGUUGUCCGGAUGACGGUGGAAGGAAACCUGCUGGAAGUGGAAGUGGAGGACCGGCUCACCACAGACCAGUGGCGAGGAGAAUUUGAUGCUGCCUUCAUUGAAGAUCUCACACACAAGACGGGGAACUUCAAACAGUUUGGGAUAUUUUGCAGCAUGCUGGAGUCAGCUUUGGCUCAGAGCAGCGAGUCAGUCACUCUGGAUCUUCUCACCUACACGGACCUGGAGGCGCUGAGAAACAGGAAGAUCGGGCUGGGUCCCCGACACCUGUCGGCUGCCAAAAGCGUCUCCCCGCUGAACUCCAAGCGCUACCUCAUCCUGAUCUACUCCGUGGAGUUUGACAGGAUCCAUUACCCGCUCCCGCUGCCCUACGUGGGGAAGCCCGAUCCGGUCGUCCUGCAGAAGGUGAUCCGAGAGCUCAAGGAGGAACUGGCCGUCUUGAAGGCAAAGCCGGGCAAGGACUUCCGGGAAGCUGAGAUUCGCCGACUCCGGGAGGACCUGCAGCACACCUUGGAGGAGAAGCGAGCCGUGGAGAUGGCCCUGGUGGGCCUGCAGGAGGAGCUGAAGCUGGCCAGCAAGAGCAGUGCCUUCAAGGAAGUGAAGAUCCUCAAGAAGGUGGUCCAGAGCCUCGAGGAGGAACUGACCAAAGAGAGGGCCCGGCAUCAGCGGGCUGCCAACAAGCGCCUGCAGGAGAGCCGGCAGCUGGCGGACGAGUUGGCAGAGAUGAAAGCAACCGAGAGGAGCCUCCGGAUCCGGGUGAAGAACCUGACCAGCGAGCUGGCCUUGUACAAGAAAGGGCGCUUCACCCCCGUCGGACCCUCUCCCCAAAGCCACUCUGCCGCCUCCCGCCAUUUUGCUCAGGCCGCCCCCGCCAAGAAGAAAGAGGGCCGCCGUUCGGCCUCAGGAGAGAGGUCGAACUCUCAGGAACGCAGCGGGAGCUGGGGGCGCAGCCGGCCGCGGUCCACCUCCAGGGAGGGGCGCAGCGGGAGCCAAGGGCACCUCCCUCGUCAGUCGCCCUCCCCGACGGGCACCCGGGCACCGCGAUUUGACCCCACAGCCUUUGUAAAGGCCAAGGAGCGCAAGCAGAAGGAGGUGGAGCAGAAAAACUUCAGCAAGCGAUGCCUCCGGCGGGGGGUGGGGGACACCCCGCCUAGCGGGUGGCACCACCGCGCCCAGACCAGGGGCCCCUCGGCUUUCAGCAACGGCAGCCUCGGGAAGAGCCGAGCGAGGAGCUCUUCAGUGGAAAGCUUCCGCAGCCGGCGGUCCUCAGCAAGCUCGGGGAGCGAAGCGGACGAUUAUUCAGAACCUGCUGCAUCCAGGAGCCGGAGGCGAGGGGCAAGGGGCAGGAAACCCUUGAGUUCCUCAUCGUGGAACGGCCCCACGGGGGUUCCCCAUGCAGACGGUGGCCACAGGAAGCGCUUGGUCAGCACCCCCACCCCAGGUGAGCGAGGAGAUAAAGAGAAUCUAUACGAUGAGCCAUCGGCUGACCUCUCCGAGAUCGACGCUCGGCUACAGGCGCUGCAGGAGUACAUGAACAAACUCGAGACAAGAACGUAACCUCUCCUCUAACAGAAGAAACCACGUCAGGCCUUCCAGCAGAUGACGUUGGCAGGAUGGCUGGCCUGCCAGGAAGAGGCCAAAAGAUAAAGAGGCCGCACUUCCCACACACACACACACACCAUUCUGGUGUUUUUUUCCAUUCCAAACAGAGCCUUUCUCUGCCACCGUCUUCUUUUGAAAAAGCCAAGGGAUGAUCUGUAAAGAGGUGGUACCAGGAUGGGACUCACAGAGGUGCUUAUGUUCACCUGUAGAAAACACGUGUGCUUCUUUGAACAAAUAGAAGCUGGUGAGAAUGGUUUUCCUCCAUCCUCUCCAGUGCCACUUUGGUUUUAGGGGAGGAUCUGCAGUGCAUGGGGCAUAUAAGGGGAGAUGGAGAACUUUUUAGCCUUAUUCUUUUUUUCCCUCCUCUUGCCUUAAAAGUUGGGGUGGGGAGAAAGAGGAGAGAAACCCCCGGACCAGCGGACUUCCUCUGUCGGACCCUUCCCUCGCUAUCCCAUCCCCAUUCCUUCCCAUCCUGAUUGAUGUAAAACCUGCAGCUCUCUGGCUCCUGGGUGGACAUGAAACGCAGGUCUCUUUCCAUCGCUUCCUCUCCGGCGGUCUCUCCCUUGCAGGCAUCUGCCCUGGGCAACGGACAUUUCUUUUAACUGCACCACUUCUGUAUCGUCGUCUCUUUCUGGCAGUCUUGGGGUGUUGGUGAAGAGGCGAGGUCCUGCAGGGAAUCAGUUUUUGGGCCUGCACGGGGAACAGAGCAGUCCCACCCACCACCCACCCACAGCCGUCGGGCCAACCUUUCUAAACCAGGUGCUGCCUGCCCUCUUGUUCUGCUGGCCCGUUUAAUUUCUCUCACUGCGACCAAGCUGAAGACGAGGCCAGUUUUAAUGAUUUGACCCUCUAUUUGUUUCUUUUGCUCGUCUGUUGGCGUGGCCCCUUUAGACUUGAGAUUAGGGUGGGCGUAUAGGGGUGGUUCUUUAGAAGCCGCCUCGCCUUCUUGGCCCGUGGGCUGGUCAGCCGGCUUCCCUGGAUCUGCUCCUUGUUGACCUAUUCAUUGAGCCCCUUUUCCCUUUGGAUACGAUGACCAGCCAGGUAGGAAAGUUUCUGGACGUACAGCAACCCUUUUCUGUAAAUAAACUGUUUUUCCUGGGGGGAAAAAAAUAAAAAAACCUUUUCUAUGUGAAA